CAAUUAAUUGCACAAAAAUAACGUUUUUAUGUCAGUUACAUUUUAUCCAAGAGAGAUGAUCUUGAAUUUAUUUAUAAAAAUGGUGGAUGUCAUACAGUUAAGAGCGUGUUUUUUAAAUAAACCAUAUUAUUUAUUUAUGUUUUGAAUAUUUUUAAAAAUAAUAAUACACACAAGCCAUUUAAUUUUGACAACUACAAAAAUAUUAUUAAUUUUUAACUAAACACAAUUCAUUUAAAAUGUCAAGUGCAGCGUGUGACAUAGAUGAAAUAUGUUAAGAAUUAAUUUAUCGUGACAUAUUUGUUAAAUGUAUUGAACUAAUAUUAUGUUCUUUUUGAGUGCAAAGCAGUGCAAGUAAACUUGUUCAUUUGCUUAUUUAUUUAAUUUAUCGAUACAAAAUCAUACUCGCGAAAGAGAUUUAUUAACAGUUAUCACGGUUCCGUCUGUCUAAAUUUCUUGACACCAGAACUGACAAAAAUUAACAUGUUUUAGCUAUAUAGUAUCAAUUAAAAUAAAAUGGAGCACGAAAGUUUUGAUGAAAAAGAUUUUUUUCUGAAAGUUUUGCGUUCGGGAUUAAAAAAUGACAGCAUUUCUGACGUCAAAAUAGUAAAAAAGUCCAAUAAUGACAAAAAGGGCCACAACUUUUUGAGCAAUUUGCUUGCUGUAACUCUAGAAUACACACAAUUACUUUCAAAAAAUGGUUCGUCCAAAAAAAUUAAGGAUUCUGCUAAUUUGUAUAUAAAAAAACCACUGGCAGAUAAAACCCACGCGCUGUUGUUCGAAAUGGAUGUCUUCGAUAUAGAGUCAAAAAUUUUGAGCGACGUUUUGCCUGAAAUUGAACAGAUAGUUGGGGUUAAAAUUGGCCCUAAAUUUAUUUAUCAAUCAAAAGAAACUUCUGCAAUCAUAAUGGAGGAUUUGCGUCAAUUUCAGUUUAAGAAUAAAGACCAAAAGUCAGGCUUAUCAAAAGGUCAUCUAGGCAUGGUCAUUGAAGCUCUUGCUAAAUAUCAUGCAGGAUCUAUUGCGUUAGAAGAAAAGCAACCAGGCUUUCUUCAACAGUUCCGUCAAAGUUUAUUCAGUUCACAAACGCAUCCGAAUUUUUUAGGAAUGUUAGAGACUUGUCUAGAAGUCCUUGGAAAAAAUAUGCUUAGUUGGCCGGAUGCAAAGUUUGUUGAAGCCGGUUAUAAGCUUCAAAAUAUCUCUAAGAGUAUCGUAGAAUCUUCCAAGAAAAAUAAUGACUAUGACGAAGACGAAUUUUGUGUUUUGAAUCACGGCGAUUGUUGGGCCAAUAAUGUAAUGUUUCGUGAAAAUGACGCGAAUGAGCCGCUGGAAGUUCGUUUAGUUGAUUUCCAAUUGCCUAUUUGGUCGUCUCCAGCGAUUGAUUUACUGUACCUACUUGGUUUUGGUCCUGCAUCUGAUAUCAUGUACAUAUUAGAUGACUUCUUCUUGGAAAAAUAUUUGACAACUCUAAAAAACACUAUGGAAAAACUUGACUGUAAAAGAAAACCGCUGACUUUGGAUGAGCUUAAAUUGUCAAUGUGGAAGCGACGAUCUUUGGGUCUGAUAAGCGGAUUGAUAUUUUAUCCUAAAUUUGUGAUUCAAGCUGAUGUUGUUGUUCCUUUAAAAGAAGUUUUAGAUCAUCAAAUAAAAGAGGUCAAUAUGUAUUCAACGCCGGAAGUUGUCGAAAAAUUAUCGAAGGUAAUUCCUUUGAUCGAAGAAAAAGGAUAUUUGGAUUGA